AUGGCUGUGAGCGGUUUCGCCUCGUCGUUGCUCAGCCGGCUGCAUGAGCUUGUGAGUGGUGGCGCAGCAUCGCACAGUGCACGAGCAGAUGCGGUGGCCGGUCCCUCGAGCAUCAUGUCAGUGCAGGAUCGUCGGUUAGUGGGAAAAACAUUCAAACUGAUCGAUAAUGUGGUGAAGCAGUGCCAGCAGCCUAGGCUUAAUCUGAAGAAUUCACCUCCAUUCAUCCUGGAUAUACUUCCAGACACAUAUCAUCAGUUGUCAACGAUUAUUUCCAAAAAUCCGACUAUUUUAAAAGACAACACAUAUUUGCAGCUUUUCUUGGAAAAUGUACAGCUGAAGUGCAAGCAGACGUUGAAACUCUUCAAAGAGGAUCGCGAAAGAAUUUACGAUGAGCGAUCGGCGGCGCGACGAAACCUCACCAAGCAGUCUCUGAUCUUCUCGCAUAUGCUGGCCGAAUUGAAAGCCGAAUUUCCGGACGGGCAUUUCAUUGGCGAAAAUUUCCGCAUCACAAAAAAAGAAGCGGAUGCAUUUUGGAGGGAGUCGUUUGGUGCCAAGACCACGGUACCUUGGUUCGACUUUCGCACUGCAUUGAGUAAGGUGCACAAACUGAACACCGGCCUUGAAACGCUUGCUCUGAAGACGACCAUUGACCUCACGGUCAAUGAACACAUCUCGAACUUUGAGUUUGACGUCUUUACAAGGCUUUUCCAACCCUGGUGUACACUGCUUCGUAACUGGCAGUUGCUUGCUGUCACUCAUCCUGGAUAUGUUGCAUUUCUCACUUAUGACGAAGUGAAACAAAAGCUGCAGAAAUAUAGCAAUAAGCCUGGAAGCUAUGUGUUCCGUUUGAGUUGCACCCGUCUUGGACAGUGGGCAGUUGGAUACGUCGCUCCGGAUGGCAAAAUUUAUCAAACGAUACCACAGAAUAAAUCGCUAAUCCAAGCAUUAGUUGAUGGAAGUCGAGAAGGAUUUUAUCGGUUUCCGGAUGGAAGGCCGACGAAUCCUGAUUUGAGUCAUGCGCUGCAGUCGUGUCCAGAAGGUCAUCUCAAAGUGACACGGGAACAGUAUCAAAUCUAUUGUGAAAUGGGCACCACGUUUGAGAUGUGCAAAAUUUGCGCGGAAAAUAACAAGAAUGUGAAACUGGAACCAUGCGGCCAUUUGCUAUGCACACCGUGCUUACAGAGCUGGCAGGUUUGA